AUUAUUUUUGACACUUGUAGCCAUGUUGAGUCGAAUGAAUCAAGCCAGCAUCAAGCGCAUUGCAGCUACCCCUCUUGUUCUUAAGCAAGGAUUCCAUGGCUCCGCUACUGCUUUUGCUAAAAAGCACCCUAAACAAGUCAAGAAAGAAAACCUUGCCAAACGUGCUGCCAAAAUGGCCGAAUUCGAGCGUACCAAGCCUUCUUUUAUUGUAUCUAAACCAGCUCCUUUCUUCAACACUUUACACACACCUGCUAGUGCUUACCAACAACAAUCCACUGGCUACCAACACUUUAUUACAGAAGCCGAUCAACAGUUUUUGUUUGAAGAGACACCUAAGAAAUCAGUCGAGUCCAACCAUAUGGCUGCUAUUGAUGGUAUGGAAGAAGCCCUGAAACAAGAAAAGCAUAAAGUCGAGACAUUACAAAAACUAGUUGGCUUACAAAACGGAAAUGCAAAGGCAGUACAGAUCUGGAAUGUGCAUCAAGCCAUUGAUUGGUUCAAGCAAAAAGAAGGUGAUACGGGUAGUCCUGAAGUACAGGCUGCUAUCUUGACUGUACGCAUACACAACCUUCAUUCUCAUUUGAACCAACAUCAUAAAGACAAGCACAAUUACAAGCAGUUGCGUAAUAUGGUUCAUCAACGUGCAAAGAUCCUCAAGUAUCUUAAGAACAAGGAUGCUCAUAGAUACUUUAAAUGUUUAGAUGGUUUGGGACUAGAGCCUAGAGCUGUUGAAGGCGAGAUUACUUUGUAAAAUAAUAAUAAUAAAAAGAAAGAAAAAAUGGUAUUUAUUUACAAAAAGAUCUUUUUCAAUAGCUUUAUUGAAAAGUCAACAGGAU